AUGUGUGAACAUUUCUACAUUAGAGGAAAAUAUGAUAGCUUCCUCGAAAAUCCUCAAAGCUGCGCCACAGUAGUAGAAUGUUCUCGAAGGCGGCCUACUCCCACUCUGUCACAGCCACCGCCGUCUUCGGCCAACAAAGAGUUGAAGGAGAAGAAAGGUUCGUCGUUGCCAGCCAUCAAAAAGUACUUGGUCGCCAACUACAAAGUUGAUCCCGCCAAUUUGGCGCCCUUCAUCAGGAAAUUUUUGAAAGUUGCUGCCACCAACGGUACCGUCGUCCAGACCAAGGGCAACGGCGCCUCUGGACACUUCAAAUUGCCCGUUGCCGGUGUCAAGCCGAAAAAAGCUAUUGUAGCCAAGAAGAAGAAAUCAAUUGUCAAGAAAUUUAAAGCACCAGGAACAUCGAAGAAGGCUGUAGUUGUGGCAUUUACCAAGCCAAAAGCUGCGACCAAAACGAAGAAAUCUCCGGCUAAACAAAAAAACAACCUAAAGUUGUCAAACCACGGGUGGUUUCCAAAGUGA